AGUGGUUACAAAAAUAUGCCUUAAAAAUAUCACAACUCAAUGUCUUCGGCGGCAAUACUGCUAACCACGUGCUAAUCAAUGAAUACCUGAGUGGACAGGGAAUUAUGCCUCACGAAGACGGCCCCCUCUUCUACCCGUGUGUGGCCACCAUUAAUACCGGUUCUCAUACUUUACUCGACUUCUACCACAAGAGCGUCGCGACGACUGUCGACGGCGACGAUUCUAGUCCGCAAAGAAAGCCUAUAUUUUCACUACUUUUAGAGCCGCGAAGUCUAGUGGUAUCGCAAAGCGAUGCCUACGAGUCAUACCUUCACGGCAUACAAGAAGUGACGAGUGAUAUCAUAUCCGAACGAAUAGCGAACCUAAACCUCUGCGACAGUCACGCGAUGGGCGAACAGCUCGAGAGGACAACUCGAUUGUCAUUCACUAUACGAUAUGUGCCUAAAGUUAUCAAGAAUUUAACUUUUUUCAAAUAAAAUAUUUUUAUCAAAUAUAGAAACUGUAAUAAAAAAGUAUUACAUUUACGACAUUCAUGUUUAGCUACAAAUAUAGGAAUGUAACCUGCACCAAUAGGUAGCGUGGCCGAGC